UUAUGUUCUGGUUCAUUUUUGCUGUUUUCCUCUUGCUUUUAAAAAUGAAAAUAUAUAGUUUUCAUGCAGUUUGUUUUUAAUUUUAAAUCUGUGUAUUGAAGCUUGUCUCCAGUAUAAUGUCCAUCAUUCUUUGAAUUUAAGAUAUAAUGUUGAGCUUUGCAUGUUUAUCGCUGGAUUCUUUUCAUUAUUUAUUACAAUGAUGUAGAUAUUUCUGAUUGAGGCAGACAGAAGAUAAAUCUUGAGACUCUAUCAGUUAAAAAACAGAGACAAGACAUUUAAUACAUCAUAAAAUAUAAAUCGCAUCCCAUGUAUGAAUACUGUAUAAUAAAAUAAAUAUUUAUGAAUUCUGAAUAUGAGUGAGAGAUUAUUAUUUGUUCCAUCUACUGUGUGUGUUUCUACAAGUUUCACUUUCCGUAUGAGUUUCUAUUCAUCAAAACAGAAACCGAUACACACACACGCACAACCGUAGGACAACUAGUGUGUGUUACUACAGCGUAGUAGUUCCUGUCACGAGUUCAGUGACAUCAGCAAACAUGCUAUCGUGUCAUAUGAACGAAGCAGUCGGUGCCAAAGACCUAGUUUGGCAUCUACAAGGAUUGUCAGGAACAUGGUGAGAACCCUGAAUAAUUUGUCUGAUCUGAAACAGACCAGGUUUGGUCAGCCGCCUCCCAGACACGGUCUGAACUUGUUGUGGUGGUUUGCUCAUUAUUGUGUUCAGACUGACUCUAAUGUUCGUAUGACUGCAAAGUGCAACCCUGCAAAUGGAGCGUUUGGCUUUCAUCGAUUUUAUAACAGGGACAGACUUCUUCCUUACACUGACCUGCCAUACUAUGAGGUGGGCAACCUGCACAACGCUGGUUCACUGCCUGAUUAUGUCACUGAGAAUUACACUGGAUAUUCAGACAACAGCAACAAAGAUCGCAUCAUUGUUUCCUUUGACUCAAGGCUGAACAAAUUUGAAAAGAUUUAUGUGACACAGCACUCAGAUCAGGUGCACUUUGACCAGAAUCACACCUACUGCGUUAGCAUUGAUCUUCUGAAGGACAUUAAAGAGUUGAGCCGUGAAGAAUUCAUCAGAGGACGCACGAAUCGUUCUGAACACAUAUCCAUAGAUAUACCUCAGUCAACGCAGAUUCAACCAUUGCAGAGUCAGUCCACUUGUGAAGAAUGCUGCACUCUGCUAACUUGUGCAUUGUUUAUUGUGGUCUUUAUUGCAGCUAUUGUCUGGUUUUUGAAAUAAUGAAAAUAUAGUUUUCAUCCACUGUUGUUUGUUGUUCUAGCUCAUUACAAAGCUGUCAUUAGCUGCUUGUCUCUUUUGGGUGAGCUGUUUAUUUAUUUGAAUAAAAUGAAUUACAUGUUUUACAUGUUAAUUAUAUGAAAUAAGAUUGUAUGUUUACUACUGCAUACUUUUUAAUGUUUAAAGUAAAACUAAAGAAAAAUAUUAUUAUUAAUAGUAAUUUGAAUAUUGGGUGACACAUCCCAAUCAAGUGGUUAUGCCCUGAUUUAUAGUAAUUUAGUUUCUUUAUUCAUAUUAGUUGUGCUUAUUGUUUGACAUAUAAAAACAGAGACUGUAUUACCUUGAAAUAAAAGUCC